GUUGAUGGUUCAACCGCCUAGCUCAACAGGUCAUUCAUCAAAUCAACAAUUUUUAUCAAGAUUUCAGUUCAGAGGUGAGAAGAGGUGAAACAGAACCGGUUGACGGGACGGUUCGGUCCGACCGUUCGGGCCAGGCAAAGGACGGUUUGAAAACCAUAUGGCUAAGCUAUAAUCAGCUGGAGCCCAGCAUCUAAGUAAAAGCUUUUGCUUGCAUUUCUCCCUCUUCCCCUACGCUCUCCCCCAAACACCCUCUCCAUGGCACCAUCCAGCCAGGUGAAGGUGAUAGAGUUCUACAAAAUCGCUCCACCACCUGGUUCAGUCGCUCCGGCAUCACUCCCUCUCACCUUCUUCGAUCUAUUUUGGUUACCUUUCCCACCUCCACAACUCCUCUACUUCUACGAAUUACCCCAUCCACUCGCUCACUUCACAAACACUCUCCUUCCCCGCAUCAAACACUCUCUCUCCCUCACCCUCCUGCACUUUUACCCAUUCGCCGGAAACCUCUCAUGGCCAGAAGAAUCUCCCAACCCCAUGAUCCACUACAAGGGAGGCGACUCGGUCUCGCUAACCAUCGCCCGGUCGGAAGGUGGCUUCCACCGUCUCUCCGGCAACCAGGCGAGAGAGUCGAAGGAAUUGCAUCCCCUCGUCCCUCAAUUGCCAGUAUCUGGAUCGGUCGUCCCGAUGUUGGCAUUGCAAGUGACUGUGUUUCCAAAUUCCGGCAUCUGCGUCGGAGUCACCAUGCCCCACGCGGUUGCCGACGCCAAAACAAUUUUGAACUUCGUGAACUCUUGGGCUUCGAUUUGCAAGUUUGGUGAGGCAUCUCUGUCAACCCAGUCUCUCCCAUUCUUUGACAAGACAGUGAUCAAGGACCCAAGAGGCAUCGAGAAGAGAUACUUGAGCGAGCUGACAAACUACUUUCGGUCCAAGUUCAGAGACCGACGGUUAGGCGUUCUGGACUUUGGUCUGCCGGACGACAUCGUCCGAGCCACGUUCGAGUUGAGUCGAGCCAAUAUCGCAAGGCUGAAGGAACGAGUCUUGGCCUUGCAGAAGAAAGACAAACAGCUACCACCAUCUCGUUUCUCGACCUUCACAGUACUGUGCGCUUAUAUCUGGGUUUGCCUGGUAAAAGCUGGGGACGAAAGGGUUUCUUUUUCGUUUAACGUGGACUGCAGAACUCGCCUAAAGCCUCCGGUACCGGCAACGUACUUUGGUAACUGUGUGGGGACUCGUGUAGUGACGGCCGAGAGGGCUGAUUUUAUGAGACAAGAUGGGAUCGUCGUCGCAGCAAAGCUGAUAGAAGACUCGAUCAAUGGUUUGAACGAUGGAAGUCUGGACGGAGCAGAGUUCUGGAUUUCACGCUUGCUGUCUUCUGGGGUUAAGGGAAAGGUUUGGGCUGCUGGGUCGCCACGACUAGGGAUAUACGAAGCGGAUUUUGGAUGGGGGAGACCGAAGAAGGUGGAAUUGGCGUCAAUCGACAAAACGGGAGCCAUCUUUAUAUCGGAAAGCUGCAACGGAGAUGGUGGGGCUGAAAUCACUCUGACGCUCAGAGGACCCGAGAUGGAUGCCUUUGCUUCUGUAUUUGUUAAUGGUCUUGAGGGAAAAGGCUAUGCGAUGUACCGCUCUGGACUCUGAAGCUUGCACAGUAUGCGAUUGAAGAUGUUUUCAAUCGCCACUUCCAUCCAUGGACCAGUCGUUUUCAUUGUUUAUCUUGCUCCAACUCACUCACGACUCUGUCAUUUGUCGCUUUUCUUUUUUUCUCUGAAUUCCAGAGAAGACAGAACUUACAUUUCCUUUUCUUUUAAUCUUCUAUCUUUAUCUAAACCAAUAGUUAUCCUGA